AUGUUCGUCGACGUCGAGACGCUGGAAUCUUUCCGGAUCGAAGGAGCUCAAGCCGGGGCGUGGAGGACCAUCCUCGUACGAAGCAACGCAUAUGAGGGAGACAACCGAUACAAGGGCAAGAUUCCAAAGAUGCUACUGCACAGGCUUGUCCCAAACGCGCGCUUCUCCAUCUGGAUCGACGCCAAGCUCCAGAUGGUGGUGGAUCCCAUCCAGAUCCUCGAGAGAUUCCUGUGGAGGAGCAACGACACCAUGGCCAUCUCCAACCAUUUCGAGCGCGCGGACGCGUUCCAGGAGGCCGAGGCCAUCAUCCGGGAGCGGAGGUACCACAGCAAGGCCAAGCUCGACGCCCAGAUGGACUUCUACCGUACGCACGAGGGGCUCCUUCCGUAUGAUCGCGCCGCCAGGAUGCCGCUGGUGAGCGACGUCCCCGAGAGCUGCGUGGUGCUGAGGGAGCACACGCCGCUCACCAAUCUCUUCUCGUGCCUCUGGUUCAACGAGCUGGACAGGUUCACGCCGCGCGAUCAGGUGAGCUUCGCGGUGGUGCGUGACAAGAUCAUCGCGCAAGUUCCGUGGCGGAUCAACAUGUUUGAGGAUUGUGAGAGGCGGAACUUUGUGUGGACGAUGCGGCACAAACGAGAGGACUGA